AUGAAAGUGGUCUUGCAACCAACAGAAUUAAAAGUACUCGUCCGUGCCAUUAACUCGCUAGCUAAACUCGGUCAUGAAAUUUACUUUGAAUGUGGAACAGAUGACUUGAGUAUCAAGACAGUCAACUCUUCAAGAUCAGCGUUUGCAGUGAUUCAUUUUAAACAAAUAUUUUUUGACAAAUUCGCUAGCACUUUGCCGAAUGGAUCUGUACAGCGUUUUAAGGUCCCAAGUAGUUCAUGUACCAAUGUUUUUAGACUUACUUCUGCUUUGGAGAAAUCUGUUCUUAAGUGUAAAAUGUUUUUAUCAACUGAAGAAACUAUCCUUACGGUGCAGUACUUCUGUAAAUUCGGUAUCGUUAAGACGUAUAACAUGUCGAUAAUCGAUUGUGAACAGUUAGAGGCAGUUUACUCUUUGGAAUGUAGUGCCAAUCACUUACUUAUAUCUGCUCGUUUGUUGGGGAAGUGGUAA